AUGAGCCGCGGGCCACCGGUGACGGACCCUGCUCCUGCCGGGGACGAUGGCUUUCCUGAACCCCUCUCUCCGUCGGUUUUUCGACCACCGCCGGCGACUCCGGUGGCCGCCUCUGCCGGCCUGCUGAAUGGAGCCACGCCGCGUGGGAUCUUUCUCCAGCUCCAAGGUGAGGAUGACAUGCCGGACAUUUCAUUCCUUGCCUCGGCGCCAGGAACCCCUGCAACUGUGGCCCCAACUGCCCCGGCCGCUCCGGCCGCCCCGGCCGCCCCGGUCCCGCUCAUCAGCCCCCCUGUCAUCUCGGCCCCGAGUGCCGCAGCUCGUCCUGCGCCAUUGGCCCGACCGCUGAUCUACCGGUCGCUGAAUGUGGCGGCUGCCGUGGCAGCCGCCGCCCUGGCCCAACCGCCCCCCCCUCCCCCCCCCGGCACCCUGCCAACCGCACUGCCGCCACCACCACCGCCACCACCACCACCAGCUGCCCUUGCUGAUGUCCCACUUUCUCGGGCCACUCCUACGGCUCCCCCUUCUACAUCGCCGAGGCCGGCCCCCCGUUUGGCAGUUGACACCCCGCCCAAGCAGUCCACCAGCCCGGCGCGCCGCGCGGCGUCGGUCUUCUCGGCAGCAGCCUUCCAGCGUCUGGACCACCUGUUCCCUCGGACUGCCGCCCAUCCUGAUGCCGACUUGAGCGUCUCCACGCUGACCGACACCGAGCUCGAUGUCUCGGCCUUUGUGUGGGAGGAGAUUUCCAGCUUCUCCCUCGAUCCUCGGCCGCCAGCCCGGCUGCCACUUCCCGCCGCCGCCUCCGGCUCACCACCGGUCACGCCAAAGCGCCAGUUGGCCGGCCCAGCCGACGCACCUCAGAGCAAGCGCCCGCGCCCGGCCACCGGCACCGCCGGUCCCCCCCUAACCCCGCCCUCCUCUCUGGAAGCAGGCAUCCCCCCGCCGAUCACCCCGACGACGGGCAUUGUCUCGGCUCCGACCACGCCGAUCCCAGGGCUUGACCAGCCGGGCGGCGUGAAUGCCGCGGUUGCUGCCGCCAUCGCCGCCGGCCGAGCGGCCUCAGCUGCCAUCUCAAUCGUCCGUCUGCCCGGCCAGCAAACCCCCUCAUCGGCCGGGCGGCGACUGCUUCGCGGCCUGGAUGACAGCUGGUGGGCCACUCACGAUACCAGUGACCUGCCGAUGCUCGGUACCGAGGACAUUCCCUCCUUCGUGGCGACGGCCACCCCGGAGACACUUGGCCCCGGCCGACGCCCGGCACAGCCCGGGGUUCAGGAUGGCCCCGCCCCGCCAGGGCUCGAUCUAUCGCUCUUCGGGCCGCUGGCGCCGGGGCUCGGCCUGGGCCUCGGCGAUCGGGCCGGCAUGAGCCCGGCCUCCCUCCGGCGCAUGGACCUGCUCUUUCCGCCCGAUGCAGGUCUGGUCUCCGAGCCGCCAUCCCUUUCGCUGUCCGUGUCAUUUGAUCCGGCGCCGACCAGUGUCCAGCAUUCCGACCCACCUGCCUCCCCUCCGGCGGAUGCAUCGCUCUUUGAGGAGAUCCCCCCUCUGGAAAGCAGCACCUACAGUGAUCCCAGUGAGGCUAGCAGCAUGGGGCCCUUGGCUUCGACCGAUGGUCUCUCACUCAUGGACCCGGCCCCCCAGUCAUUCGGUGAGACUCCCCCCUUCGAUGAUGGUGCCCCGGCUCCCUUUGGUAGCUUUGAUGAAGGGGUCAGCUUUGCCGAGCGGAAAGCCAUCCCCAGCCCUGGCUGGGCCACCAUCCAGCCUCCAGCCACCUUCUUCCCCAUGCCCCUGGCUCCGGGGUUAGAGGCCGGCUCGCUUGGCCGGCUUGUCCAAUCGCUGGUCAGUGGCCCCAGGCGGCCGGGCGGUGUCGUCAACCUGAAUGGCGCUGCCACACACCCGGACGAUAUGGCCAUUGGUGGGAGCAGUGUGCGGCAGCCACCGCCACCGCCGCCGGCUCUGGCCGUGCGUCUGGCCGCGCCUUUCGCCCUUGCCCGGGCCAUUCGCACCAAUGGCAGCGUUGUUGAUGGCUUCUCCACACAGGAGACACCUUCGUCCGCUGCCCCGAGAGCCUCGUCACUCAAUGCAUUGCGCUUCCCGCUUGGUGUGCCGGGAACAUUGGCGACCGGUGGCCGAGGGCGGCACUCAUCAUCGCAGACCGGCCCCUCUCGGUCGGCGUCGGCGCUACCCCCGGCGCCGCCCCCACCGCCGUCAGGACCGCCAGACUCCGAAGUGCCCGCCCUCCCCGGGCCGAAUCCCGUUCCACCAUCGUUGGCGCAGGCACUCUUCGGCGAGGUGACAUCCAUGCGCUUGACUUUGGAGGCGCGCCAACUGUUGAUGGGCGCUUCGCGGCAAUUUUUCGACCAAGUCGCCGGCGACCUGGCCGGCUAUGCACGGCACGCGAAACGCAAGACCAUCGAGCCGGCAGACGUGUCGCUCCUAUUCUCCCGCCAACGAAUGCCCGAAUCGGCGCUGCCGCUGGAUCAGCUCAUCCGGGAGCACCUGACGCAUGAUGAUCGUGCUCUACUGAUGCAGAUCGCCCGUGGGGGGAAUAUCCUCCAGCCGCCGGGGCCCUCAUUGUGAGGACACCCUGGUCCCUCUCUCCCAGGCCCCAGGAGGAGGGACGAGGAGGGGAGGAAAGAAGGCAAGAAAAAAAAAAAGAAGAAAAGAAGAAGGGGCCCAUGCGUUUCCAACUUCUCUCCUGGACCAUCCUCCUCGCUUCUGUGGCAUAUGGUGGCAGAUGCCCGCGCAUCGGCAAUACAAGGGUGGGUGUCUC